AUGGCCCCUGUAAAACCGGGACUUUUUGAUCCGAAACCCUCUGCUUUGUUUUGGGGGGCUUGUUUUUGAGCACUCUCCAAAUCGAUAAAUCUCUAUGUCUCGCUCUCUGUGUUUUACUCUCUUUCGCUCUCUGACUCUCUUGCUCUCCCUCACACACACACACACACACACACACACACACCACACACACACAACACACUCACACACACACAUGGAUACUCCCUCACACAGACACUCUCCUAUCAAACACACUCUCUCUAUUUCUCUCUCACCUCUCUUUUUGUCUUUUACUCUCUCCCCUUCUCUUCUCUCUCUCUCUCUCUCUCUCCCCUCUUUUUUCUUCUCUCUCCCCUCUCUUCUCUCCCCCUCUCUCCCCCCCUCUUUUUCCUCCCCCCUCUUUCUCCUCUCCCCCCCCCUCCCCUUUUCCCUCUCUUCUCCCCUCUCUUUCUCUUCCCCUCCUUUCCCCCCUCUUCUCUCUUCUCUCUCUCUCUCUCCCCCCCUUCUUCUCUCCUCCCCUUCCCCUCUCCUCUCUCCCCCUCUCUCUCUUCUCUCUCCCCCCUCCCUCCUUUCCCUCCCCCUUCUCUCCCUCUCUUCUUCCCUUUUUCUCCCUUCUCUUUCUCCUCUCCCCCUUUCUCUCUCUUCUCCCCCUCUUCCUCUUCUCUCUCCCUCCUCCCUCUCUUUCUCCCCUCCCCCCUCUUCCUCCCCUCCCCUCUCUCCUUCCUCUUCUUCCCCCCCUUUUCUCCCCUUCUCCCCUUUUCCCCCCCUUUUUUCUUCUCUUUUUCUCCCCUCACCCCCUCUUUUCUCUUUUCUCUCUCCCCCCUCUCUUUUUCUCCCCCCCCUCUCUUCCCUUCCUUUCCCCCUCUCUUCUCUUUCUCUCCCCCCCUCUCUUUUCUCUUUCCCCCCCCCCCCCUCUCUUUCCCCUCCUCAUUUCUCCUCCCCCUUUUCUCCCCCCCUUUCCCCCCCUUCUUUUCCUUCCCCUCUCUCUCUCCCCUCUCCUCUCUCUUUUCUCUCUCCUCUCGCUCGCCUCUCCCCUCUCUUCUCUCUCUCCCCCCUUUGCUCUUUUCAUCUCCCCCCCCCCUCUCUCUCCCCUCUCUCUGCUCUCCCCCUCUUUUCUCUCUUCUCUCUCUCCCUCCUCUUCUUCUCUCUCCUCUCUCGCUCUCUCUUCUCCCUCUCUCUUUCUCCCCCUUCUCCUCUCUCUUCUCUCUCCACCCCCCCUCCCUCUCUCUCUCUUCCUCCCCUCGCUGCCUCUUCUCUUCUCUCUCCCCUCCGUCUUUCUCUCUCCCCCUCUCUUCUCUUCCGCUCUCCGUUUCUCUCCCCUCCCCCUCUCCUCUCCUCCCCCUCUCUCUCUGUCCCCCUCCUCUCUUCUCCUCCCUUCCUCUCUCUCCCCUCUCUUCUCUCUCUCCCUCUCCUAUCUCUCCCCUCUCUCCCCUCUCUUCUCUCUCUCCCCUCUCUUCUCUCUCUCCUCCCCUCUCUUCCUCUCCCCCCUCUUUCUCUCCUCCUCUCCUCUUUCUCCUCCCUCUCUGCCUCCCCUCUCUUCUCUCCCCUUCUCUCUCUCUCUCCCCCUCUCUUCUCUCUCCUCUCUCUUCUCUCUCCAUCAUGUCCUUUCUGAUAUGAAAGUGGAAGUGCACUCAGUUUGACGUGAUGUCACCGACACUCUCCUCGUUGAAUUAAAUGCCCUUUCUCAAAUGCCAUGUUCAAUGUAUCUCCUGUUUUAUCUCAUGUGAAGGAAUUAUAAAUUGCCUGCUGUUUUAGUAUGUGUCCCAAAUGGCACCCUAUUCACUACGCAGUGCACUACUUUUGACGAGCAGUGCACUACAUAGUGAAUAGGGUUCCAUUUGGUAUGCAUGCUUAGUUUGCCUCAUCCUCCUGUGAAGCUCUUAUCCAAACCUGGGUUCAAAUACUAUUUGAAAUCUUUUAAAUACUUUGAGCAAUCGCUUUAGCCUGCCUGGAGUGCCAGGUGCACUUUUGGGACUGUUCUAUUAGUUCCAUUGCAACAGGCAAGCUCAAUCAAGCACAGCUGAAGUAUUUGAAAUUAUUUCAAAUAGUAUUUGAACCCAGGUCUGCUCUUAUCAUAUUCAGCACCGGCUCUCCUCUGGUUACGACUUUCUGUGCUCCAACUAACAUUGACCUUUUCAAAAUGUCUUUCUCUGUCUGUAUUUAUAGCCAUUUGCUGUAUCUGGACACAGUGGACUGUGUUGAGAGCAUUUCGAAAGGUGCUGGCCUGACCGGGAGAGCAACAGCACAACAGCGCUGGUCUUCCGAUGGGGUCAGCACCCUUGGGAGCAUUCAUUAAGCUCAACGUGACAAGACUACUGACACCGCUCUGUUUCCUAACUUUGGGUAGCUAACACGGUACAGCACAUACAUAUUGGACAUGCUAAAAUUAAUUUGCAGAAUAUGGAAUCUAGUGUUUUGACUCAUCAUCAGAGUUACAAAAGAGUGUGGAGGGUGUGUGUCACGGUCUGAUUGUUGACUGAUUCAAACGGUCACUUCUAAAUCACAAUUUCAACACUUCAGCUAAAAGUGCAGCCAAAAGUGACAUGAAUAUUAAGAAAAAUAGGUGUGAUGCUUGCUCAACAAAUCCUAUAUUAUUGGCUUCAUUUGGCCUACAUUAACAGGUUAAAAACAUGUAAAAAAAAUAUAUUAAAAAAAAAAAGAAUCAUGUCUUUAACCAGUUAAUGUAACAAUACAUCAACAUUUGAUAUUGACAAAGAGAGAGAGUCACACCUGCGCCUAUUUUUUCAGGUUGUCAGAGCAUUGUUGUCAAAAAGCACAACUCUGUAGGAAUGACAGCCCUUGUAUGGGGACUACAGAGUAAAGAGAUAGAAAUUGCAGGAUUGUAGCAGCCUGCAUAUACUUUUUGUGAGUUUGAAGUAACACUUACAGUACCUUUUAAAGGGAAGAUUGCAGAAUUAGGUUGCUGUUAAACAUUCUGAUUGGUUUCAUCCUUCCAACUAAAAGUCCCAAUACGACAUAUCACUUUACAUCUUUAUUUUGGGAGAAAUGUAUAUUUUAUCCGAACUUGACCGAAGUCAUGUUGGAAAAGUGAUGUCAAGAGAAGAACACAGAAGUGAACACACGGCAGGAGUGAAGCCACUGUCCACAUAAGAUGCUAAAGACCCACAUCAUACCGAGUCCUCAUUUUUUCCCAAAAAAUAUUUUGGCACUCUGAAUAAAGCCAACUUAUCAUCUGACCAUGUCCUGUGAUUUCUUUAUUGUCUAUCAGUAAAAAAUAUUUGUAUCACUUAUACAGCACUUAGGCUUUUAGCAUAGCCCCUUUUACACCCCUGGCGUACCCCUUCUAGCCAACCACUAGCAGCCUUGAAACACAUCACUUAUUAGCAGUUCAGCACAUCAGCAUUUAAUAAUAUAAUAAUAAUAUGCCAUUUAGCAGACGCUUUUAUCCAAAGCGACUUACAGUCAUGCGUGCAUACAUUUUUGUGUAUGGGUGGUCCCGGGGAUCGAACCCACUACCUUGGCGUUACAAGCGCCGUACUCUACCAGCUAAGCUACAGAGGACCAUUUCUCGUACUGUUACACAAAAUCAAGAUAAACCUUUACUAUCAUAGUAAACAUUGAACGUCUAUAACCAAACUUGCCAUGGUUAGUGCUAUCUGGGAUCCUUGGGACAUCCCUACCCAAAACCCUAACCCUAACCCUUACCUAACCCAAAUCUUAACAAUUUAAAUAUCAACUUCAAUGGGGUUACAUCAGAGUUUGGACUUCCCAAGGAUACCGGAGAGCAAGGACCCUACCCUUAUACGUGUUCUUUUUUUUAAAGGGUUAACCUGCAGUAAAAAAAAAAAAAAAAGUUAUUAAACAGUUUGGUAAGUUUGGUAAACAUUUGGUAAACAGCUGAGGGAUGAAGCUGGAGAAAUGUAACCACUCUCAAAUUCAUAGACCAAGCUAUGGAUGCAAGGACUGACCAUCCAUAAGAUCAAAAUGAUAAUUAUAACCAUGUUUUGAGGCUAUAGUGUUUACAACUACAGGGCGUUGGCACUGCAGGCGGAUAUAUAGGUCCUCUAAUACAGGACUAUUAAAGGCCCAGUGCACUACUUUUGUGAAAAUAUAUGUUUUUCAAAAUAGUUAAAUAUAUACCGUACCAGUCAAAAGUUUAGACACACCUACUCAUUCAAGGGGUUUUCUUUAUUUUUACUAUUUCUACAUUGUAGAAUAAUAGUGAAGACAUCCAAACUAUGAUAUAACAGAUAUGGAAUCAUGUAGUAACUAAAAAAGUGUUAAACAAAUCAAAAUAUAUUUUAUAUUUGAAAUUCCUCAAAUAGCCACUCUUUGCCUUUAUGACAGCUUUGCAUACUCUUGGCAUUCUCUCAACCAGCUUCACCUGGAAUGCUUUUCCAACAGUCUUGAAGGAGUUCCCACAUAUGCUGAGCACUUGUUGGCUGCUUUUCCUUCACACUGCGGUCCGACUCAUCCCAAACCAUUUCAAUUGGGUUGAGGUCGGGGGAUUGUGGAGGCCAGGUCAUUACAUUUACAUUUACAUUUUAGUCAUUUAGCAGUCAUCUGAUGCAGCACUCCAUCACUCUCCUUCUUGGUAAAAUAGCCCUUACACAGCCUGGAGGUGUGUUGGGUCAUUGUCCUGUUGAAAAAUUAAAAAUUAUAGUCCCACUAAGCCCAAACCAGAUGGGAUGGCGUAUUGCUGCAGAAUGCUGUGGUAGCCAUGGUUGUUAAGUGUGCCUUAAAUUCUAAAUAAAUCACAGACAGUGUCACCAGCAAAGCACCCCCACACCAUAACACCUCCUCCUCCAUGCUUUACGGUGGGAAAUACACAUGCGGAGAUCAUCCGUUCACCCAAACCGCGUCUCACAAAGACACCAAAAAUCUCAGAUUUGGACUCCAGACCAAAGGUCAGAUUUCCACCUGUCUAAUGUCAAUUGCUCGUGUUUCUUGGCCCAAGCAGGUCUCUUCUUCUUAUUGGUGUCCUUUAGUAGUGGUUUCUUUGCAGCAAUUCGACCAUGAAGGCCUGAUUCACGUCUUCUCUGAACAGUUGAUGUUGAGAUGUGUCUGUGACUUGAACUCUGUGAAGCAUUUAUUUGGGCUGCAAUUUCUGAGGCUGGUAACUCUAAUGAACUUGUCCUCUGCAGCAGCGGUAACUCUGGGUCUUCCAUUCCUGUGGCGGUCCUCAUGAGAGCCAGUUUCAUCAUAGCGCUUGAUGGUUUUUGCGACUGCACUUGAAGAAACUUUAAAAGUUCUUGAAAUGUUCCGUAUUGACUGACCUUCAUGGCUUAAAGUAAUGAUGGACUGUCGUUUCUCUUUGCUUAUUUGAGCUGUUCUUGCCAUAAUAUGGACUUAGUCUUUCACCAAAUAGGCCUAUCUUCUGUAUACCACCCCUACGUUGUCACAACACAACUGUUUGGCUCAAAUGCAUUAAGAAGGAAAGAAAUUCCACAAAUCAACUUUUAAGAAGGCACACCUGUUAAUUGAAAUGCAUUCCAGGUGACUACCUCAUGAAGCUGGUUGAGAGAAUGCCAAGAGUGUGCAAAGCUGUCAUCAAGGCAAAGGGUGGCCAUUUGAAGAAUCUCAAAUAUAAAAUAUAUUUUUGAUUUGUUUAACACUUUUGUGGUUACUACAUGAUUCCAUAUGUGUUAUUUCAUAGUUUUGAUGUCUUCACUAUUAUUCUACAAUGUAAGAAAUAGGAAAAAUAAAGACAAACCCUUAAAUGAGUAGGUGUGUCCAAACUAUUGACUGGUACUGUAAAUCGUUUUUUUAUUCCGAUUUUUCAUUGGGUUAUGCAUCACCCCUUCUUCCCGCGGCUAUGACUGUCGUUGUCGCUCAGGGUUUCCCAUUCCCUUCCUCAGGGACACCCGGACAUUGUAACCUGGUCCCAGAUCCAUCUGUGCUGUUUUACCAACUUCUAAGACAGCACAAACAGAUCACUAACAGACCUAGAGGAUUCAAUACUGUUUCAUUUGUUUCAACAGACUGCUUUUUAUACUGUUCAACAUACCUUGUGUCAAUUGAAGCUUAUCCUCAUUGCUGACAAAACUAAACUAAUGGUGUUUUCUAAAGCAAGAAAUAUACAUUUAAGCAGACGCUCUUAUCCAGAGCGACUUACAGUUAGUGAGUGCAUACAUUUUCAUUCUGGCCCCCCGUGGGAAUCGAACCCACAACCCUGGCGUUGCAAGUGCCAUGCUCUACAAGGGACUAGACCACUGAACCUUUCACCUAUUACUACCUGUCAGGGAAAUGAGCUUGAGGUUGUAACCUCAUAUAAAUAUCUUGGAAUUUUAAUUGAUGACAGCCUCUCUUUUAAAUUGCAUAUUCAACAACUUAUUUAAAAAAUUGAAGCUGAAGUUGGGAUUUUAUUUUAGGAAUAAGGCCUGUUUUUCUUUUGAAGCCAGAAGAAGGCUAGUAUCAUCUACAUUGAUGCCUAUACUAGACUAUGGAGAUAUUUUAUAUAUGAAUGCUUCCGCUCAGUGUUCGAGAUCAAUUGACACCCUUUAUCAUGGAGUAUUGAGAUGUAUUUUAAACUGCAAAACCCUUACGCACCAUUGCACUUUAUAUACUCUAGUCACUCGUAGGCUCAGUCACUGGUAUACUUUUAUUUACAAAGCCAUUUUGGAUUUACUACCAUUUUAUCUGGGCAUUUUUAUUCUUCAGAAAUGUGGUGGGUACUCCCUUCGUUCGCAGGACUUUAUCCUGCUAACUGUUUCAAAUGUCCGAACUGAAUUUGGUAAAAGGGCUUUUAUGUACUUUGCGCCAUCGGCUUGGAACGCCUUACAACAUACUUUUAAACUGGAGGAACUUGUCCCGAUUGGUGUUUUUAAAUCAUUGAUUAAGGAUUUUGAGGCUGAUUCAUUGACCUGUCAAUGUUUUUAAUUACUGUUUUAUGAUUUUGUUAUACUCCUGUGAUUUCUAUGGAUGUUUACUAGAUGACUUGUAGUUUUUCAUGUUGUCUGUCUGUAAUUAUGUAAUGACUUGAUGCUGCCCAUCUUGGCCAGGACGCUCUUAAAAAAGAGAUUUCAAAUCUCAAUGAGCCCUUCCUGGUUAAAUAAAGGUUAAAUAAAUUUUUUUAAAGUUUCCACAUGUAAUUACAUUGUUAUGAUGGGGGCUAGGGUUUACCAAGGGUUGUAUAGUGUGCUAUCUAUCUCCUCUGGGUAUUGGAUGGGAGGUAACUUGGCUCUGAGGUGAUUCCUCAUGUUUGUGUUUCAAACCAAAGUCCCAGAGUUCAAAACUGUUUAUGUCAAUUAUUACCUGAGACCAGAGGAGGUUGGUGGAUUGAGGAGGAAGAGGAGGAUGGUUCUCCUGAGACAACCAAAUCAAUCAAAUAUACCAACAGCCAGGAAAAACUCUUAGGCCAUAGUAGUUGAAGCCUUAAAGCAGGGUUUUAUCUGGAUCAAAAAGGGGCUUAGGUGGUGGGCGUGGCAGGGGGCGUGGCAAUGGGCUCUGUCGGCGGGGCUGAAUUUUAGAGGUCCCCAUCAUGGCGGAUUAAAUUCUUUUUAGCCAAUUUCCUGCAAUUCUACAAAUUUCUUCCAUAGAGCUGAGAGAAAUGUUUGCAGUUUUAAAGGUAAUUUCCUGCAAUUCUACGUAUUCUGCUAUGGAGCGUAGAGAAAAUUGUGCAGUUUUAAAGCUAAUUUCCUGCAAUUCUAUGCAUUUUGCCAUGGCUAAUGGUGUGUUCUUUUGCUCAAACAUAAUAACAAAAUCAAUACUGCUAAAUUCAUUUUUUUGGGUGAUUGUUAGUUCUCAAAGAUUAUAAAAAAUAUAUAUGUAGGCCCAUUAUUUGUUUAUAUAGUUUUUUCAGUGUAAACUUAGUCAUUUAAGUUUACAUUGUAAGCAUUUUUCCAUCCUGAAAAUGUAUUUUUUUUUUAAUAGAAUUACUCUUUGGAAUUAGGCGGCCCGAAAAACACCUCGUUGGCCUACACAAGGAUUUCAAUGGCCGAAAAAUCAUAGGAGAGGUAAUGCGGUACCUCUGCAACACACCCAAGGUAACUCAUGCUUCCUAUUUGUUUAUGAUUCAUUUCCUAUCCUUUACCUAUUUUCCUAUUGCAAGGGAUAGUUUACCCAAAUGACCAACUUUCGCAUUUUAUCCCAAACGUCAUGCCCAAAUCCUCCCUGUGUCUGAAAUGGAUUGUGUAGCUCACUCAGUGAAGUUACAAAGCUGAUUUGUGCAGGAAGUGUAAAACGUGCUAAUAUGGGGGAGUAUUGGCCUGGAUCGGUUUUUGGGACGGAAAUGUUACGUUUUGAUAGCAUUUGGUAAAGAGCAGCCAGGUAAAGAAAACCAAAGCAUGAAUUGCAGUUGCUCCUUGCCCAUAGACUACUUACAGGGUAAGGAAACCAACAUUUUGUCAUUUUGAUGAACGAUCCUUUUUAAGGAUGUCCCAAUCCUUUCUAUUCUCUCCUUAGAAAGACCACAAAGUUCAGCUGACCAUAGGGAACGGGAUAAGAUCUGACACCUGGUCAGAGUUUCUGCAGCGUUUCGGGGACAUUCGUCUCUGUGAACGUUACGGAGCUACGGAGGGAAAUGUCGGAUUCAUCAACUACAUUGGGAAGGUCGGAGCAAUCGGCAAGGAGUUCUUCCUUCGCAAAGUGAGACUAGUAGGAAGCUAAAGACAAAGAUAUUGCGAUGAGAGACUUGGUGUCUAAAUACGGGAGUCAAGAUGUAAGAUAUAAUCAAUGUAAUAUACUGUGUCAGGGCACUGUACUUGCAAGGAAACAAAAAUAAAAAAAACUGGUUAGUUACAACUGGGGUUUCUCAUGUUGUUUUGUAUGUUGUUGUCUGUUUGCAGUUAUUUAGCCCGUGCGCCCUGAUCAAGUACGACACAGAGAGAGAGAAACCAGUCAGAGAUUCUAGAGGUUUCUGUGUGGAAAUCCCUAAAGGUCAAAUCUACACACAUGCACACACACAGGGUGUGACAGUCUUGUUUAGUAAUCCAACAGUAAUAAGGACCCUAUAUGAGUUCUUAAAGGAAAACUCCACCACAAAACUAUCUUCUGGUAUUUGUUUCAUUAGUCCAUUGUUGACAUACUCCCCAAAUGUUUUGCUUGUCAGCAAUUAAGUUAAGAUAUGCAACUUUCAAAAUACAGAAAUCAUCCCGUAUGAUGCAUUUUGCAUCAUAUGAUCAGCAUAACUAUUGAUCUUCAGUCCAGUAUCUUUCUAUUGGAACUCUCCACUGUCUGUCUUCCUGUAUUGUUUUCAGUUUGACAGACCCUCCUAUUGUCUUACCUCUACACUGUCAUCUGGUGGACGUUAUGGAAUGUUGUAAAUAACAAAAUCGAGAUUACAUUUUGUAAUAAAUAUCAUAGAAAGCCAUCUGUCUAAGACUGAGUCAAUAAAAAAAAUAAUCUUAAAAGGGUUUCGAAAUUAAAGUCUCUCCUAACCAGUGAUAGAUUUGCCAUUUCUACAGUUUAAAACAGAAGAGUAUUUGUGGUAUAUAGGAUCCGUUUUGCCUUUUACACUGGGUAUCAUAAGUAUUCACCUCCCUUGGAUUUUUUCACUUUUUGUUGCAAUACAAAGUGGGAUUGAAAUAGAUUUAAAUGUGAAUUUUUUUUUGUCAGUGUUCUACACAAAAUACUUCAUAAUGUAACGGAGACGCAGUGGUCAGGAAGCAGGUGCAGUCGGUGAGUUUAAUAGGAACGAACAUGGAGUGAAUACAAAAACAGGAGUAGCGUCUAAACAUGACCUAAUGGGUGAUACAACGGAGUGCUAGAUAAAGGGGAAGUAAUCAGGGAGUGAUUAAGUCCAAGUGUGCCUCAUGAUGGGGCGCAGGUGUGCGUAAUGAUGGUUGCCAGAUGUGAGUAAUGAUGGGUUGCCAGGACAGUGGUUAGUAGACCGGCGAUGUCGAGUAGACGUGACAGUACCCCCCCGACACGCGGCUCCAGCCGCAGGGCGACGGCUCCGAGGGGGAAGAGUGUGCCGGUCCGGUCGGCGAAGGUGGAAAUAUCGGAAGAUGUUGGGAUCUAGAAUGUCGUCCACCGGAAUCCAACACCGCUCCUCUGGAGUCCAGGAGGAAUCUGACAACAUAGGCGGGGUUUCCCUCGAUGUCCAGGGGAGGGGUGUCGUGGGGGACGGUAUCAGCCAGGGGACCAGGAACCACCGGCCUGAGGAGGGAAACGUGAAAAGAGGGUGAGAUCCGGUAGUUAGUGGGAAGAUGGAUUUGGCAUGUUACCUCAUUGACCCUCCGGAGGACUUUGAAUGGCCCCACAAACCAGGGGCUCAGCUUCCGGCAGGGCAGGCGGAGCGGGAUAUUCCUGGUGGAGAGCCAUACACGUUCACCAGGAUGGAACACAGGAGCCUCACUGCAGUGGCGAUCCGCCUACUCCUUCUGGUGAUGGACGGCUCGUUGGAACCACUCGUCCACCGCAGGGGCUUCGGUCUGGCUCAGGGUCCACGGGGCUAGGGCCGGCUGUUUGGUUUGGUUUGGGCACAUAAGGAGCAGGAAUUGAUGUAGCAGGCGACGUCCUGCGCCAAGGUGGGCCGCCAGUACUUACCGGAGAUGGAUUGAGUGGUGCGGGUGAUACCUGGGUGUCCAGCGGCAAGGGAUGUGUGCGCCCAGGUCAAUAGCCGAUCCCUUACCUCCGUGGGAAUGUAGGAAAGCUCCGGAGGACAAGUAGCAGGCACGGGUUCCCUCUCCAGAGCCUGGCAUAUGUCACCGUCUAUGUCCCAAAGCACUGGGGCAACGAUUCGGGAGGGUGGUAUGAUCGGUGCAUUCAGGACCGGAACCUCUCCCGAAUCGUGGAGACGGGACAGGGCGUCGGCUUUGAUGUUCUUUGAACCUGGGCGGUAUGACAGGUUGAAGUUGAAUCUGGUAAAGAAAAGGGCCCACCUUGCUUGGCACGGGUUCACCGCCUCGCUGUCCGUAUGUACUCCAGGUUCCGAUGGUCGGUGAGAAAUGGGUCCUGGGCGCCCUCCAGCCAGUGUCUCCACUUCUUUAAUGCCAACUUCACCGCCAGGAGCUCCCGAUCACCGACGUCAUAGUUCCUUUCUGCAGGAGACAGUUUUUUAGAGUAGUAUGCACAUGGAUACAAUUUAUGUGGAUUACCUUGACGUUGUGACAGGACGGCCCCCACACCCACUUAUGAGGCAUCCACCUCGAAAGGGCAGCGUAGGAUCUGGGUGUUUUCAGCAACGGGAUGAAGGUGAAACGCCCCUUCAGUAGGUGGAAGGCCUCAUCAGCUGCAGGAUUCCACACCAACUUACGGGGACCACCUUUGAGGAGAGAUGUGAGAGGCGAUGGCACUGAAGUUCCUAAUGAAGUGGCGGUAAUAAACGUUGUAGUCCCUUUAUGGUGGUCGGGACUGGCCAUGACCUGACUGCAUCUACCUUCCUCUCCUCCAUAACCACUCCCUGCGGGCUGAGUCGAUAUCCCAAGAAGGAGAACGGCCUGAUGGAACUGGCACUUCUCCGCUUUGACGUACAGAUGGUUCUCCAGAAGGCGUUCCAGGACUACCCGUACGUGGGCGAUGUGGUCCUCCAAGGUGGCCGAGUAGCUCAGGAUGUCGUCGAUAUACACGACUACCUGACGCCCAAGCAUGUCCCGAAACACCUCAUUCACGAAUGCCUGGAACACCAACGGAGCAUUGGCUAAUCCAUAAGGCAUCACCAAGUUCUCGUAGUGCCCAGACAUCAUGCUGAAGGCAGUCUUCUUCCAUUCAUCCCCCUCCCAGAUGCGGAUCAAAUUGUAGGCACUCCACAGGUCCAGCUUGUUAAAAAAAAACGGGCCCCGCGGAGCUGUUCAAUGGUGGCCAGCACCAACGGAAGGGGGUAGCGGUACUUGGUGGUGAUGGCAUUGAAGAAGAAAUCUGCCGAUGCAGGGGAGGUGGAUGGGCGGAUGAAAACCUGUUGGAGAGCCUCCUGGAUGUAUUCCUCCAUAGCCUUGGUUUGAGCCACCAAAAGGGGGUAUAUGCGGCUGUGUAGAGUCUGUUAGCAGGUCGAUGGCACAGUCCCAGGAGUGAUGAGGUGGCGCGGGUCUUGUAGAAAACCUCCCGGUGAUACUGGUAAACCUCAGAGGAUGACUUUGUGUACUGGUGCCUGGAUGAUGAGGAAGGGGAGGCUUUCUUGGUGCAGGGGUCCCACGGUGAUGAUGAGUGGUGCUGUGAUGUGUGAUUGUCCCAGAUCCCAGUGGUCGGUUAUCCAGCGCUUGAACCGGAAACGGAGAGGAGAGCGGGUAUGAUGUUAUGUUCAGGAAGGAGGCAAGGGCCUGGUCAAUAAAAUUCCCUGCGGCACCGGAGUCCACUAAAGCUGUAGAAACAAUACACGAGGGACAGCCAGCUAGUGAAAUCGGUACUAAAAAGGGUUUGAUGGAGAGUGAUGAUGAUGGAAUACUCACACCUACCCCAGGAGACGGAUGAUCACAGGGCUAGUGGCUCUAGUGGACACCAUUGAAGCUGGUGCCCCCCUUGACCACAAUAGCGACAGAGCCCCAGCUGUCUUCGAUGGCGUCGCUCAGCCGACGGGAGGCGUGUGGCCUCUACCUCCAUGGGUUCAGACUGACUCAGAUCGGUCAACGAAGGAGAGAGAGAGGCGAUGGGAGUGCCAACGCUCCCGAAGGAGGUUAUCCCAAAAUAAAAUAGUAUUUGUCACAUGCGCCGAAUACAACAGGUGUAGACCUUACCGUGAAAUGCUCACUUACAAGCCCUUAACCAACAAUGCAAUUCAAGAAAUAGAGUUAAGAAAAUAUUUAUAAAAAGUAACACAAUAAAAUAACAAUAACGAGGCUAUAUACAGGGAGUAACGGUACCGAGUCAAUGUGCGGGGGUACAGGUUAGUCGAGGUAAUUUGUACAUGUAUGUAGGGGUAAAGUGACAGAUGGCCAUCGCAAGAUUGUGUGUCCAAUGAGAGGGUGUCGUCUCGGCAUGCCAACUCCGUCUGGACCUCCUCGCGCAAUCCUCUUCUGAAUAAGGUGUGGCGCGUCGGCUCAUUCCAUCCACUGGAUGCUGCCACUGUACGGAAGGUGAGGGCGUUCUGGUCCUCCUGCUGUAGUUGGAGUAGGCGCUCACUCCCCAUCUCUGCCCUACUUUGGAUGAUCGAAGACUCCUCUGAACAGAGCCAUGAACCUCCCAUAGGAACCCAGCUCUUCAUCUCCUCUCUCCCAGAUGGCCAUAGCCCACUCCAACGCCCGCCCGGGCAACCUUGUGGUGGGAAAAAUAGAGGGAGCACUGGAUGGGGAAGCAACGGCCUUUGGAUGGAGUCCCAUCCUAUUUGUCCGGAAGGGACAAACGGGCAUUGCUGACCUGGGCAGACUGCUUAAUGCUCGCUGGGUCGACUCAUGGUAGAAGAUCCUCCGCUCGUUGGGGGUGACGUCCUUUGAGGAAGAUCUAGACGUUGAAGAACGCAGAGGACCUCAUCCAUAGCCGUCCCCAGUUGCGCCAGCUGGUCGUGGUGUUGGCGAAGUAGGUCCCCCUGUUCGCCGACAAUCUGGGAGAUGUCUCGGUUGGCUGCUACUUCCAUUAUGUGAGGUAGUAUUCUGUAAUGGAGAUGCAGGGAGUCAGGAAGCAGGUGCAGUCAGUGAGCUUAAUAGUAACAAACAUGGCGUGAAUACAAAAGCAGGAGUAGCUUCUAAACAUGAAAACAGGAAACGAUACUACCUAAUGGGUGAUACAACGGAGUGCUAGAUAAAGGGGAAGUAAUCAGGGAGUGUUGAAGUCCAGGUGUGCCUCAUGAUGGGGCACAGGUGUGCAUAAUGAUGGUUGCCAGGUGUGCGUAACGAUGGUUGCCAGGUGUGCGUAACGAUGGUUGCCAGGUGUGCGUAACGAUGGUUGCCAGGACCGGUGGUUAGUAGACCGGCGACGUUGAGUGGGAGUAGACGUGACACAUAAUGUCAAAGAGAAAAGUGUCAGAUUAAUACAUAUUAAAUAACUAAAAUAUAGUCGUUGCAAAAGUGUUCACCAACUUUGUUUAGGCAAGCGUAAAUUAGUUCAGGAGUCAAAUUUGGCUUGACAAUUCACAAAAUAAGUUACAUGGACUCACUCUGUGUGAAAUAAUAGGGGUUGACAUACACUACCGGUCAAAAGUUUUAGAACACCUACUCAUUCAAGGGUUUUUCUUUUCUUUUUUACUAUUUUCUACAUUGUAGAAUAAUAGUGAAGACAUCAAAACUAUGAAAUAACAUAUAUGGAAUCAUGUACAGUCGUGGUCAAAAGUUUUGAGAAUGACACAAAUAUUAAUUUUCACAAAGUCUGCUGCCUCAGUUUUUAUGAUGGCAAUUUGCAUAUACUCCAGAAUGUUAUGAAGAAUGAUCAGAUGAAUUGCAAUUAAUUGCAAAGUCCCUCUUUGCCAUGAAAAUGAACUUAAUCCCCAAAAAACAUUUCCACUGCAUUUCAGCCCAGCCACAAAAGGACCAGCUGACAUCAUGUCAGUGAUUCUCUCGUUAACACAGGUGAAAGUGUUGACAAGGACAAGGCUGGAGAUCAUCUGUCAUGCUGAUUGAGUUAGAAUAACAGACUUUAAGCUUUAAAAGGAGGGUGGUGCUUGAAAUCAUUGUUCUUCCUCUGUUAACCAUGGUUACCUGCAAGGAAACAUGUGCCGUCAUCAUUGCUUUGCACAAAAAGGGCUUCACAGGCAAGGAUAUUGCUGCUAGUAAGAUUGCACCUAAAUCAACAAUUUAUCGGAUCAUCAAGAACUUCAAGGAGAGAGGUUCAAUUGUUGUGAAGAAGGCUUCAGGGUGCCCAAGAAAGUCCAGCAAGUGCCAGGACCGUCUCCUAAAGUUGAUUCAGCUGCGGGAUCGGGGCACCACCAGAGCUUGCUCAGGAAUGGCAGGUGUGAGUGCAUCUGCACGCACAGUGAGGCGAAUACUUUUGGAGGAUGGCCUGGUGUCAAGAAGGGCAGCGAGGAAGCCACUUCUCUCCAGGAAAAACAUCAGGGACAGACUGAUAUUCUGCAAAAGGUACAGGGAUUGGACUGCUGAGGACUGGGGUAAAGUCAUUUUCUCUGAUGAAUCCCUUUUCCGGUUGUUUGGGGCAUUCAGAAAAAAGCUUGUCCGGAGAAGACAAGGUGAGCGCUACCAUCAGUCCUGUGUCAUGCCAACAGUAAAGCAUCCUGAGACCAUUCAUGUGUGCGGUUGCUUCUCAGCCAAGGGAGUGGGCUCACUCACAAUGUUGCCUAAGAACACAGCCAUGAGUAAAGAAUGGUACCAACACAUCCUCCGAGAGCAACUUCUCCCAACCAUCCAAGAACAGUUUGGUGAUGAACAAUGCCUUUUCCAGCAUGAUGGAGCACCUUGCCAUAAGGCAAAAGUGAUAACUAAGUGGCUCGGGGAACAAAACAUCAACAUUUUGGGUCCAUGGCCAGGAAACUCCCCAGACCUUAAUCCCAUUGAGAACUUGUGGUCAAUCUUCAAGAGGCGGGUGGACAAACAAAAACCCACAAAUUCUGACAAAUUACAAGCAUUGAUUAUGCAAGAAUGGGCUGCCAUCGGUCAGGAUGUGGCCCAGAAGUUAAUUGACAGCAUGGCAGGGCGGAUUGCAGAGGUCUUGAAAAAGAAGGGUCAGCACUGCAAAUAUUGACUCUUUGCAUAAACUUAAUGUAAUUGUUAAUAAAAGCCUUUGACACUUAUGGAAUGCUUGUAAUUAUACUUCAGUAUACCAUAGUAACAUCUGACAAAAAUAUCUAAAAACACUGAAGCAGCAAACUUUGUGAAGACCAAUACUUGUGUCAUUCUCAAAACUUUUGACCACGACUGUAGUAACCAAAAAAGUGUUAAACAAAUGUGAGAUUCUUCAAAGUAGCCACCCUUUCCCUUGAUGACAGCUGUGCACACUCUUGGCAUUCUCUCAACCAGCUACACCUGGAAUGCUUUUUCAACAGUCUUGAAGGAGUUUCCACAUAGGCUGAGCACUUGUUGGCUGCUUUUUUUGGUUGAGGUCGGGGGAUUGAGGAGGCCACUCCAUCACUCUCCUUCUUGGUAAAAUAGCCCUUACACAGCCUGGAGGUGUGUUGUGUGUGUCCUGUUGAAAAACAAAUGAUAGUCCCACUAAGCCCAAACCAGAUGGGAUGGCGUAUCGCUGCAGAAUGCUGUGGUAACCAUGCUGGUUAAGUGUGCCUUGAAUACUAAAGAAAUCACAGAUAGUGUCACCAGCAAAGCACCCCCACACCAUAACACCUCCUCCUCCAUGCUUUACGGUGGGAAAUACACAUGUGGAGAUCAUCCGUUCACCCACACCGCGUCAACACAGCGGUUGGAACCAGAAAUCUCCAAUUUGGACUCCAGACCAAAGAACCCAUUUCCACUGGUCUAAUGUCCAUUGCUCGUGUUUCUUGGCCCAAGCAAGUCUCUUCUUCUUAUUGGUGUCCUUUAGUAGUGGUUUCUUUGCAGCAAUUCGACCAUGAAGGCCUGAUUCACACAGUCUCCUCUGAACAAUUGAUGUUGAGAUGUGUCUGUUACUUGAACUCUGUGAAGCAUUUAUUUGGGCUGCAAUUUCUGAGGCUGGUAACUCUAAUGAACUUAUCCUCUGCAGCAGAGAUAACUCUGGGUCUUCCAUUCCUGUGACGGUCCUCAUGAGAGUCAGUUUCAUCAUAGCGCUUCAUGAUUUUUACAUUUACAUUACAUUUUAGUCAUUUAGCAGACACUCUUAUCCAGAGCGACUUACAGGAGCAAUUAGGGUUAAGUGCCUUGCUCAAGGACACAUCGACAGAUUUUUCACCUAGUCGGCUCGGGGAUUAGAACCAGCGACCUUUCGGUUACUGGCACAACGCUCUUACCCACUAAGCUACCUGCCGCCCAUUUUUGCGACUGCACUUGAAGAAACGUUCAAAGUUCUUCACAUUUUCCGUAUUGACUGACCUUCAUGUCUUAAAGUAAUGAUGGACUGUCGUUUCUCUUUGCUUAUUUGAGAUGUUCUUGCCAUAAUAUGGACUUGGUCUUUUACCAAAUAGGGCUAUCUUCUGUAUACCCAUAGACUACAAUGCAUUAUCAAAACGCUCCAAAACACUCCAAACCAACUCAUAUUACAUCAGAAUCUCAUUCUGGAUAAUGUCUCCAAAGGAGACUUGGCCUUCUGUUGUAGGUUAUUGUCCUGCUGAAAGGUGAAUUUCUCUCCCGGUGUCUGGUGUAAAGCAGACUGAAGCAGGUUUUCCUCUACGAUUUUUCCUGUGCUUAGCUCCAUCUUGUUUCUUUUUAUCCUGAAAAACUCCCCAGUCUUUGCCGAUGUCAAGCAUAACCAUACCAUGAUGCAGCCACCACCAUGCUUGAAAAUAAGGAGGCAGUUACUCAGCAAUGUGUUGUGUUGGAUUUGCCCCAAACAUAAGACUUCGCAUUUAGGCCAAAAAGUUCUUUUUUUUUUUUUUUUUUUUUUUUUUUUGCAGUAUUACUUUUUUAUUCUGUAUAUUUGCAUUCUUCUUUUCACUCUGUCAUUUAGGUAAUUAUUGUGGAGUCACUACAAUGUUGUUGAUCCAUCCUCAGUUUUCUCCCAUCACAGCCAUUGAACUAUGUAGCUGUUUUAACUUGACCAUGCUUAAAGAGAUAUUCCAUGUCUGAUUUGUUAUUCUUACCCAUAUUAUGUAUUCAUUAAUUUUAUAAUCAGAUAAAAAUGUAAAUUUUAUUACAACUUGUUGUACUUCACAUACAUCACGUGUCAAACUCAUUCCACGGAGGGCCGAGUGUCUGCAGGUUUUCGCUCCACCCUUGUACUUGAUUGAUGAAUUAAGGUCACUAAUUAGUAAGGAACUCCCCACACCUGGUUGUCUAGGUCUUAAUUGAAAGGAAAAACCAAAAACUCGCAGACAGACACCCCUGACGUACAUACAAGCGUCACAUAUUUUCCUUCAAUGAUAAUAUGGUGUUUGAGACAUGGAAUCUUUCAUACAGAGCAACAUGUGUUAUACUGAGAUAGGAGACCUGUGCACAUAGUGAUUAAACAAUCUAUUGUGCUGUCUUUCUCUAAAUUGCAGCUGAAAUCUUUUGACCUCUGCCUCAUAACUGAACCUGUGAGGUAUGUUGGCAUAAUGAGUCAUAUUGUAUGUUCUUUAUAGCAGUAUAAAGUGGUUUCCUCUCCUGUAAUUACCUUCAUCUGCACUGAUGGGAAAGAAAUUGGGCAUGUGAAAGGAUCCACCAUAUUGCUUUCACCUGUCCAUCAUUUUUGUUUUUUGUUUUUAUUAGUGAAGCUGAAUGAGUGGCGACAAGAGAGGGAGCCACUGAAGACUAUUGAGAUACACCCAUAAUGGUGUCAUUCUGCACAAGACAAGCCAAUAUGAGAUCAUCAUGGACUUUUACUGCCCUCUCAUGGUCAAAUCAGAGGGGUCUGACUAAAGCGUGAAGCAGUGUACGUUUAUUUAGCCUUUUUUUAUGGAAGGCAAUGGGAGUAUUUGGUCAGCACACAAACGUAUUGCUAAUUUGCUACAUGAGGUCUACAGAGCUCUACGGGGUGGCGAAGCCGGGCAUGGACCUCCCAGAUAGAAUUUGUGCCCCCACCGAGUUUUGUUUCCCCAUAAACAUAACAAAAUGGUAUAUGAAUUACAAUGCCCGGUUCUGCCAAUGUAGCGUUGUUGGGCCUGCCAGACAUGUCAUCCUGGAGCCGGGCCUGCGGGAGGCCUAUGAUAAAAGUUUCCUAAUGCUUAGGUUGUUGCUACGAAUGAAGGCACAAUCUUACAUAAAAUCAAAGAAACGUUAUAUCUGAGUAGUGCCUGUUGUUCACAUGCAAAUCUGCCACCUCAUUUGCUACAAUGUUCCCACCUCCUCCUGUAAACAAAUGCGGAAUAGAUGUAAAUUAUGGUUGAACUAUCACAUUGAUUUUCAAUCCUUGCAUCCAUAGGUCUUUCUGUGAAUUUGAGUGGUUACAUUUCUCUAGCUCUAGCCCUCAGCUGUUUACCAAAAAAGUGGCGGGGUGUCGCCUUGUUAUUGUAUGAUUCAUUGAUUACCCAUUUAAUAUAAACAUUACACAAGUUUUCCUUUUAAUAGCCAAGUUAUUUCUUUUUAAUAGGCCAAGGUUUUCAACAAUCAGCCUGAGUACGACCUUUAGUAACCUGACUUAAAAAAGUGAAUCAUGCUGGUAGCUUUUAGUCUGAGUGCUAGUCUAUAGCCUGAGUGCCAGUCUGUUCGUGUUAUCAUGCCAUCUCCUAUAGCCUGAGUGCCAGUCUGUUUGUGUUAUCAUGCCAUCUCAUAUAGCCUGAGUGCCAGUCUGUUCGUGUUAUCAUGCCAUCUCCUAUAGCCUGAGUGCCAGUCUGUUUGUGCUAUCAUGCCAUCUCAUAUAGCCUGAGUGCCAGUCUGUUUGUGUUAUCAUGCCAUCUCAUAUAGCCUGAGUGCCAGUCUGUUUGUGCUAUCAUGCCAUCUCAUAUAGCCUGAGUGCCAGUCUGUUUGUGUUAUCAUGCCAUCUCAUAUAGCCUGGGUGCCAGUCUGUUUGUGCUAGCAUGCCAUCUCAUAUAGCCUGGGUGCCAGUCUGUUUGUGCUAGCAUGCCAUCUCCUAUAGCCUGAGUGCCAGUCUGUUUGUGUUAUCAUGCCAUCUCAUAUAGCCUGGGUGCCAGUCUGUUUGUGCUAGCAUGCCAUCUCAUAUAGCCUGGGUGCCAGUCUGUUUGUGCUAGCAUGCCAUCUCCUAUAGCCUGAGUGCCAGUCUGUUUGUGCUAUCAUGCCAUCUCAUAUAGCCUGGGUGCCAGUCUGUUUGUGCUAUCAUUCCAACUCCUUCACUCAUUGUCAUGUCAAACAUUUGUCUUUACUGACAGCAUGUGAGUACGCAAGAUUCCAAACACAUCUGGGACAAGGCUAGGUUGCUUUAGGUUAUACAAUUUGUCAAUGCAAAGAAACAGUUUUAGAUAUUACGUUUUCAUUUCGGUUUCAUACAUGUCUUUCAUAAAAUAUACAUAUAUUUGUAAUAUAGUUUAAUGUAGUGAAUUUGCUAGCUACAUUAAAAGUACUAGCUACAUAAAAAAUAAACAUGAAGUAAGGAUCCUGAUGUUGAAGGAUAAUAAUAAUGAUUAUAAUUUUGAUGAUAAAGGAUAACAGUAAAGAUGAUACAUUUACAUUAACAAGAGUGUGGGCUAUUGCAUAAGUCCAUGAGUGGGUGUGAUGUUGUUGAGAAGUGCAUUGUCCAGGAACAUGCCACUGUCCACUUUAUAUUCCGCUGUGCUUUGGAUUCUUGUUAAUUUUCCAGUUUUUUGUUUGUUUUUGGAAUCUUGGUAACCUAGAGCAACAACGAAGUCACAAUACUUAUGCUGUAGCCAUUUGUAGGACAAUUUGGAAACUGUAGAAUGACUACGUUACCCAUAAUUCUAUCUGCUGCCAUUACAUGUGAUGUCAUGUACAUGCAUCAUAAAUGGCUGUGUCAUAAUGCUUUUGGUAAAAACCUCAAUGACCAAACUGUAUCACUCCUCAAAACAGCCGUUGGAGGUAAAAAGGUGUCCACUCCCAAAAACUGCAUAUCUCAUGGCCCUGUGGCUGCCCUGUCUCCCCAACUCUUAAACUAACCCUCCAAUCCUUUCAAAUAGGCCUAAAGCAAUGUUCAUAAUUAGUCAAAUAAGCACUAGGCCUGAAACAUAGUCAACAAACAUGAGCUGGUAGAUUAGUCCGCCCACACUGGAGUGGGGGAAAUUUGAUUUAAAACAUUGCAUUUCCAAGAGAAAGCAAAUACCAUUGUAAAAGACAUCACGCUGCUUGCUUAGUGAGUAUCGCUUCCUCCUGAUUCAGCUCACACCAUGACUCGAACUCAGAAUCUCUGCCUCGCAAAGACAAGUGACUGCCCUACUCCUACUGAAGCAUUCCUACCCAUUGCGCUAUUGACAAAGGCCUUCAAUUCAGGCUGAGGAGUGAGUUUCACAGCUUCCCAUCUGCUACAUUCACUGAACAGGUCAACUGAACAGGUAAACACAGAUUAUUACCUUGUUAUCUGUGUUAUCAUGACAUUAAAAAUAAGCAGUUUCUCAACUCAUACCCUGACUUUCUAGAAGGUAGCGCGUGACGAACGGCUUAGCAACUGCGUGACACAGCAUGACAGCGUGAACGUGAUUGGUCAAGAAACCCCAUGCUCUGAGCUUUCUGCAUGUCUACAUUCAUUUUUCCCGCUAUUUAGCAUCUUCCUUUAAUGAAUAUAUUUUGGCGGGACAUGUUAUAGGUUAAGGAAGGAUCACACGAUUCCAUAACUGCAGGUGGCAGUAAAUCCCCAACCUUGGUUUUACACCUGGCCAGACUACACACACUCCAGCACAGCAGGUGGUGGUAUGCACCUUUUUCAGGUUAUUUACAAACUGCCAAUACACUCAUAGAAGUAGAAAAAUAAGAAAUUGACUAUUUUAUUAAAAUGAAGAUAUUCCUCAAUGCCACUGCCCAUGCUGUCACAGAAGUGGCUAUUGCAAAGAUAGGAGAUGCGCUCUGUAGGACAUAUGUAUUAUAGUAUAAUAAUAAUAAUAAUAAUAAGCCAUUUAGCAGACGCUUUUAUCCAAAGCGACUUACAGUCAUGCGUGCAUACAUUUUUGUGUAUUGGUGGUCCCGGGGAUCGAACCCACUACCUUGGCGUUUCAAGCGCCGUGCUCUACCAGCUGAGCUACAGAGGACCACAUAUAGUAUUAAACUAAUGCAAUAGCAGUUUGUCUGAAUGCACUUCCGUUCCCUGUAUUACUUUCUCUAUGCUUCAUUAUCGCUGAUCUGUCAGGACUUUUGGCAGGUGGAGGUAACACGGUUUAUCCUUAUGUUUAUCCUUUAGGCCAGUGUUUCCCAAACUCCAUCCAAAUACCCAACUCAUCAUCAAGCUGUGAUUAUUUGAAUCAGCUAGGGCAAAAAAAACUAAAAUGUGCACCCAGGGUGGACCCCAGGACCAAGUUUGAGAAACCCUGCUUUAGGCUUUCAGUGGAAACUGUUGGAUGUUGAAAAAGUGUUUGAUUAAAAAAAGCACUUAGAAAACAGAGCAAAGUCUGUUUGCUGACUUUUUCCAACAGUCAAUAAAAAGCAAUACAAGGAGCAUUCAAGUUCAGUCAGACAUCUUUUUACUUCUAUGUCCAACAAUUGUUCUUUUUUGGUCUACAUAAUGUGUGUUAAUUUUAGAAGACCUAUAACACAUCAUCACUCCCAAAGUAAUGAACAGGUUUUCCAGAGGAGGAAUGUAACCUCUGGUCCUACUUCAGUAGCCCUUGGCUGCCCAACAGAGGCCUGCGCUAAACUAACGGCCCCUCCAGCUCUCCAGGCCAUAAUUGAAACCUUAUGUGGAUCAGGUGGAAUUCUGGGGCUUUUUGGCGACACCCCAAAGAAUCCCAGAGUGUGUUAAUGUCUUGUUAUGUGUUUUUCCAUCUCUCUUUCCUUCAGCGAGAGAGCUUGCCUUCUCCUCCUCUUUUUCCAGAAAGUCGUUCCCGGGAAGAGGGUAG